UGUAUAUAUAUCUCUACAAUUCGCCGAAGAAGAGGAGAAAUCAGGAAAAGGGCAUAAGAUGGUAGAGAUUGGGGGAAGGUUUAUGAGAACAGCGGCGGCUUUUGACGUGGCGGCGGCGCGUGCACGUCCUCCGUGUGGUAGCAGCAGCGGAAGCGAUCACUCUCCGGAUGACACAGCGGAUCUUUGGGAUAUGGUCGAAUCUUUUAUCGACAGAGAAGUAGAAGAAGCUUCAUCUAAGAAGGUUCCUGAGGAAGAAGAUGAUAAGUCAGAUGAGGAUUACGAAGAUGUGAAGGAGAGGCUUCGGGAGAUUCUUGAAAAUCACGGAGGCGAAGAACGGCAGAGAAUUAUGGGUGUGGCGGUGAAUGCUAGUCGGUUCGUUGUCGGAGAGAAACGUCACUUUAUGGCUUAUCUACGUGGCAAAGGGUUUGAUGCAGGUCUCUGCAAGUCCCGGUGGGUGAAAUUUGGUAAGAACACAGCCGGGAAGUACGAAUACGUCGACGUUAAGGGAGGAGAUGAGAACCGUUACAUCGUCGAGACAAAUCUGGCCGGAGAGUUUGAGAUUGCUCGGCCAACGACAAGAUACCUCUCCCUCUUAGCUCAAAUACCACGUGUCUUUGUGGGAACACCUGAGGAGCUAAAACAGCUUGUGAGGAUCAUGAGCUUUGAGAUCAGACGAUCAAUGAAGCGAGCAGAGAUUUACGUGCCGCCAUGGAGAAGGAACGGUUAUAUGCAAGCCAAGUGGUUCGGUCACUAUAAACGAACCUCUAACGAAGUGGUGAGUAAGGUUAAGAGCUGUGACUGUGGACUGCGCGUAGGGUUUGAGGAAUUGGUUAAGACGACAGCGUUUACUGGUUUUAAGGAGUGGGAGAGUAAGAGGAGUGGUUUGAAGGUUGGCCAGCUUACGGUGGCUUUCAACGACAGUGGAUUGGGGUUGUAAUUAUUCUAAAAUAAAGUAUAGGCUAUAUGAGUUAAUGUUUAAGUGUUCUUAUAUUAUUUUUUGUAAAUAUAGAUAAGUUUUGAGGGGGUUUAGAGCAGCAAUUAUCUAUAAAGUUUUUGUUUGGCUACCAACUUAUUUUAAGUUGUAGUGGUCUAUAUUAUUUUGUUUAGGCAACCUUUAU